AUGAGUGAAUGUACGGGUAGAUUAUAUGCGAUAACUGAAGAUUCACUAAAGUUAGCUUGUUCCAACAUGGCCUUCAAAGAAUGUGUUGAAAGAGUUUGCAGAAAACUGCUGAGGUUGUUUCGAACGGACUCAAGUAAACCUCAGAUGAGAGAUGACAAGAAACGCCAUUACACAGCUCCAACUAUCGCUCGUGCAAAUGCACCGCAGAGGCAGUGGCAACCAAAUGAACAACCCGGUAUUCUAUACAACAAUUUUAGCGCUCCAAGGGCUAAUUUAAGCGAAUAUGCGACGUCACCUCGCACCCAAACGAUGGCGCCUGCUCCAGUGCCCAUCUCUGCGCCAGCAGGAGCACCGACACCACUCUAUCAGACGCACUCCUUCGGGACACCAUCAUAUCAACAAACGCCACCACCUCGGCCCCAAUCCCAACCUCAUUCUCAGCUAUACACAAAUCGAACAAAUACACCUCAACAACCGUCACCAUAUGCUGUACAGUCUUCUUACAGACCACCUCAACCGGAUACUAUUAUCUAUCAACAGGUUAACAUUUGUCAUUUCAUAUAA